AAACUCCAAAACAAAUGACAUUGACUGGCUGAAACGAUAAGUGUGCUAUCUCACGAAGGUCGUCGCUUUAUUGAUAGUAAUUUCUUUUAUAAAUUGCGGUGUGACUGUACUCCUCGCUAAUUUCCGUUAAUUUUCAUUUUGUUAAAUUUUAAAAAUAAAAAUGUCUCGAUUUUCAUGCGUUGAAGGCUGUCCGCCUGUCGAGAUUUUUGCAUUGAGUAAAGCAUUUAAAGAAGAUACAUUUCCUGAUAAAGUUGAUUUAGGAAUCGGCGCUUAUAGAACGGAUGAAGCUAAACCGUGGGUCUUACCAGUUGUGCGCAAAGUGGAAACACAGAUUGCGGCUGAUCAAUCGUUGAAUCAUGAAUAUCUUGGACAGCUCGGUAUGGAAUCAUUCAGUAAAGCUGCUUCUGCAAUGCUUCUUGGCGAAGAUAAUCUUGCUAUCAAGGAGGGCAGAGUUAUAAGCUGUCAAAGCUUGAGUGGCACAGGUGCUCUGCGUGUUGGUGCUGACUUCUUAACAAGAUGUGCAAAGUUUAAGGAUUUCUAUAUGUCAUCUCCCACUUGGCCAAACCACAGAACAGUGUUCAAGGAUGCAGGUUUUCCAAAUGAUCACACUUACAGAUACUGGAAUGCUCCCACUAGAGAUUUAAAUUUCAAAGGCAUGAUGGAAGAUUUAGAAAAUGCUCCUGAGGAUUCUGUAAUCAUUCUUCAUGCCUGUGCUCACAAUCCCACUGGUGUUGAUCCUACACAGGAACAGUGGAAACAAAUUGCUGAUCUAAUGGAGAAAAAGAAAUUAUUUCCCUUUUUUGAUUGUGCCUAUCAAGGUUUUGCAUCAGGUGACCUUGUAAAAGACAGCUGGGCAGUCCGCUAUUUUGCUCAACGAGGUUUUGAACUGAUAUGUGCUCAAUCAUUUGCCAAAAACUUUGGUCUUUAUAAUGAAAGAGCCGGCAAUUUAACAAUGAUCGUAAAAGAUACAUCUGUUAUUCCCAACAUCAAAGCUAGAAUUACUAUCCUUGUUCGAGGCAAUUAUUCUAAUCCUCCAAGUCAUGGGGCACUUAUCGUAUCAAGAGUAUUAAAUGAUAAAACUCUGUUUGCUGAAUGGCAAGAACACAUCACAGAAAUGUCUGGUCGUAUAAUCAAAAUGAGAGCUGCUCUGAAGAAGAAAUUAGUAGAGUUAGGCACUCCAGGUACAUGGGAACACAUAACCAGCCAAAUAGGAAUGUUUUCUUACACUGGGCUUACACCUCCCCAAGUCAAGUUUCUUGUAGAGGAAAAACAUAUUUAUUUACCUAAAGAUGGACGUAUAAGUAUCUGUGGACUUAACUCCAAAAGUGUAGAUUAUGUUGCAAAAGCUUUCCAUGAAGCUGUUACUAAGUUUCCUGAUAAUUAGAAUUUGUUUUGUUGAAAUACUUUUAAAGUAGAUCAUUUAAGUAAAGCACUGUGCAUUAGAAUUUUUUAGAUUUACUGUUGUUGAUCAGAAAUAAAUUGUGUAGUUUUAUAUCGUUUAAAAUAUAAUUUAUCAAUUUAUAAUGUAGACAGUGUUAUCAUAUUAGACAGAGUAUUUUCCUUUGCUCAAGAUUUUGUUUCUUCUGUUCCAAGAACUCCUGAAUCAAAAAUGUUUUAUAUUUUAUUGAUUCUUCUAGUUUUAUAAAACAUUUAUUGUUAGUGCUGCUGAAAAUUUAUUUAAAUGUUGAAUUUGAUAUAUAUAUAUAUAUAUUUAGACCAUAUUGCAUUGCCUAAAGUUGUAUUGUUAAUAGAAAUUAAAACACUCCUUUUCAUAAAAAUUAUA